UUGUUCUAUCAAGUCAAUAAAACCCAUUUUUUCUUUGAAAUUUAUCUUUCAACGUAUGAGUUUCUCAUAUGAAAGAUAGCAUUUUUCUUCUUUUUCUCGUGUCAACGUUUUCAUUUUGAUUUAAUUUUGAUUAUUUACUUGGAGUUCAAGUGAUAUAAUGGAGUAGGUAAGGAUCUGAUUCUGGGUUGUUUCGCAAGUCAACAAAGGUUCGGUUUUUAUUUGCUUUGAUUAAACAGUUAAUCAGCUCUUAAUCGCUGUUAAUUAGUGUAGAAUCUUUGUGAUUAUGGAUUUGCUGAUUUUUCGGGGAUUUAUAUGAGCAUGAGAAGGGAUUAAAUUUCAGGGUUUGGGUGUAUAAUAUUGUUUAUGGUAUUUUGAAUAUUUUGAUAAUUUUGGAGGCGUUUUUGUAGAUUUUUCCAAGUUAUCUGAGAUUAAUGGAUCAAGAGGAAAGGGAUGAUAGGAUAGAAACUAGUCAGAAUUCGAGUCAAAUUGAUGUAAAUUCGAAGAAUUCGAAUAAUGAGAUUUUAUCUGAGACUGUUACUGUAAAAAAUUCUGAAGAAAAUGUUGAUUUGGGAUUGCAAAUUGAUGGCUCUGGAUUGUGUAAGCAUCAGGAGAUGGGUUAUGUGAGAGGAAUUGGUCCGGAUUCGAGUAAAAACGAUCAAAGGACCCGUAAAUCGAGUAGUUUAGUAGAACGAAACGUAAACAAUGGAGUGGUAUCAAGUGAGGGAUUCGUUGAAGCGAGUGAGGUAAUAACCAAGAUGAGACGAGUCGAUGAAGUUGAUCGAAGAAGUGGGAAUUCGGAUGAUUCAGCUGACGGAUGUGCGGUUGAGACUAUCAUUAUGGUUAAUACCCAAGAGGCUGCAUAUGUGAGUGAAAGUAAUGGCGUUCUACAAUUGAAUGACAUUGGAACUGAUUCAGGUAAAGUGUUAGCAGAAAGGCUGAUGAGGAAGGAGGACUCGUGCGUCCUCGAUAUAAACGGAAGUGUUGGUGGCCAAAGACGGUUUAAGGAGAGUUCUGAUGGGGAAAGAAUUUGUCGGAUUUGCCAUUUGACCUCGGAGCAGUCAUACGAAUGUACUGAUAGUAUGCCGAAUACUGCAGCUGCCACGGAUCUAAUUCAACUUGGCUGCGGGUGCAAAGAUGAGCUAGGAAUCGCGCAUAGUCAUUGUGCCGAGGCAUGGUUUAAGCUGAAAGGAAACAGAAUGUGCGAAAUAUGUGGUCAAACGGCGAAAAACAUCACCGGUGUUCGAGAUAACAGAGAUUGGCAUGACCAAGGAUCUACCAGCAUCGGUUUUAGCCCAUCGGAUCAGGGUGCUAGAUGUUGGCGUGGACAGCCAUUCUGCAACUUUCUCAUGGCAUGCCUGGUAAUAGCCUUUGUACUUCCAUGGUUCUUCCAUGUAAAUACGUUUUAGUACCACCAUUUUCACCCGCUUCUCGAGCGGCUUGUCCUUCGGAAUUCGGGUGGAUAUGAAGUUACUCGGUGUGUCUGGUUUUCAAUGCACAUAAUAAACAUAAGUAGGCCUGAAGGCUCGAGGCUUCAGAAUCAUUAGCCGAGCCUCAAUGAGACUAUGGCGUUGAUGGGAUUUGUUGUUCGGUCCGGCAUACCGGUUGAAGCUUUCGACGAUGAUGGCUUAGGUUGUCGACGUACCGGGACAAUGUUUCGUGUUUUCGUUAUUGUUUUAAAUAUAUAGGUUUUGCAUUAUAUGACAAUUUCAUUUAGGGAAUUCCCAUUUG